AUGUGUGGUGUCGACUCUAAGGACGGUAAGAAGAAGUGCGGUCUCAACCUGUGUUGUUCGUACUACGGCUGGUGUGGAACCAACACAACUCAUUGCGGCAACAAAGAUGAACACGGAUUUGAUACGCCAUGUCAAAAGGGUUUUGGUAAAUGCGAACUGGUAAAGCCACCGUCAUGCGGCAAGGACAGCGGCUCGGCCUCCAAUGGCCGGCGCAUCGCAUACUAUCAGUCCUGGAAUACUCGUCAACGACCGUGUAACCGUAUCUGGCCCGAUCAGAUCAACACUGCUGGUCUCACACACAUGAAUUUCGCCUUUGCUUCCAUCGAUCCGGAAACCUUUCGGAUUCGGCCAAUGCACCCUGACGAUGUUGACCUUUAUCGUAGGUUCACCGCCUUGCAGUCUCCGAAGCUUCAAACCUGGAUCGCUGUUGGAGGCUGGGAUUUUAGUGAUGUUGGUCCUACCCACGAAACGUGGUCAAAGAUGGCAAGCACAAAGGAAAAUCGGGCCGCUUUCGUCGACUCUGCUCUUCAGUUCAUGAAGGAGUAUGGCUUCCAAGGACUCGACAUCGAUUGGGAAUAUCCAGUUGCCGCAGAUCGUGGUGGCUCCGAAGGCGAUACCGCCAAUCUUGUCAGCCUGGUUAUCGAGCUGCGAAAGACAUUUGGUAAAUCGUUUGGUCUCUCCAGUAUCCUUGCGCCCGACUUCUGGUACCUCAGCAAUAUGGACCCGAAAGCUAUGGAGGCUCAGGUCGACUGGUUUAACUUCAUGGCUUACGACUUACAUGGUGCAUGGGACCAAAAUACACCAGGCCUUGGUAACAAGAUCCGUCCCCACACUGAUCUUCGGGAAAUCGAGAAGGAUCUACUUCCUCUCUGGUACAAUGAACUCAAUCCCAAGAAGGUAAACCUAGGUGUCGCCUAUUAUGGACGUGGUUAUACGGCUUCCGAUAAGAAGUGUCUCCAAUUCGGUUGCGAAUUCUCCGGCCCCAGCGCCGCCAGCAAUUGCACGAAGGCACCGGGACUCCUGAGCAAUCAUGAAAUCAGUCGACUAAUCAAGGACAAGAAUCUGAAGCCUGAGCUUAUGAAGGAUGCUGCCGUAAAGCAAAUUGCUUGGGACGACCAGUGGAUUGGUUACGACGAUGAUGAAACUCACAACAUGAAGCUAGCCCACGCCAAUGAACGAUGCCUAGGUGGCUCAUUCAUUUGGUCGAUUGAUUUCGGUUCCGGAUCAGGAACUGGC